AUGACCCGUGGCUCACUAUCCAAUUCAAUCCGUGAGCCGAAGAUGACAAAAAAGCACCGCUUUGACAUCAUCAACCUCAUCCACAUCAACAAAAUGUAAGUGAUAAGGUUAUUCAUACCAUGUUAGUAUCACUCUUUGGUCAAAAACUACAUAGAACAUUACUAUGAAAUUAUCGUUACUACCGUGGAGUUCGGACCGAUCUGCUAUAGACUAACAACCCUAAGUAAGGCCGUAGAAGCUUGAAGCCAUAUCUACUUUUACUGCUAUGUUACCCUGAAUACCUCUCAAUCAUCCAUUCUGUUGGCCUUUUCUUUUUUCUCGAACUACCCUUGAUAAACUGUUAUUAUAACAACCUUUACAUUCCUAUGCAAUUUGUAACACAUAAAAUUGAUAUUUUUCUUAGCGAAUUGUUCAUCAAAUCGUAUUGACACAAACAAAAACAGUCCCUGAAUUCUGUUAUCUGAUUUCCGUUACGAAAACUGAUUCUAAACUUUUGUUCUGCCUCCAAACUCGCUGUUUUGUUAUCUAAACUUGGGCCAAUUAAGUUUUUUUUUAAUUUUAAUACCAAAAGUUAAAAUAAGAGGAUAAAGACAGAACAAAAGAUUAUCUUCAUAUUCUGUACCUGUCUAUAAUAAUAUUAUUCGUUUGUAUCUUAUUAUACAUUAUUUUUAUGUUAUAAUACCUGGGAAUCGACUUAAAGAAUUUAUUAUUGGAUUGUUUAUUGAAAACCUUCAUUGGUAACCACUGUAAUGUACUCUUCGACUUUAAAUAACGACUUUACAGUACUUUGUACGGUAAAUAAUAAUAUCGUCGUCCUUCAAUGUUUACCCUCCCAUAUCAGACAAAAUAUUAAAGUUUGGUGAUCUUAGAAGGUCUGUAAGCGUUGGCGGAGAGACCAUCUUGCUCUAGGAGAACAACAAUUUCCCGCAUAAAACGAUAACGUUUUCACUAUUAUCUACAGCUAUUAUAAUGUUAUAUUAAUUACGUUUUACGUCUUUUUUACAUUUUUAACGCGUAAGUGCCUAUUUUGCAGUAGACUCUUCUAACAUUACUUUUUCAAGUUAAAUUUGGAGUAGUUAUAUAUAUAUUAAAAAGUUACAGUAAGAAUUAUUUUUUCGGGAAUAUUCCAAAGCGGUUUCUAGUGGAAAUUCCCCAAAUAAGAGCGAUUCGCUAUAUGAUCGUCUUUAUCAGCGCAAACCCAAUUAUUAUUAGUCAAUCUCGUGGUUUGUUUACCGCCACUUACAACAAUAUCGACGGUAGCCCCAUUUUGAUGUCUACAACAAUAUAAACCACAUUUUCUAUCUACAAUAAUAUUACUCACCAGUUCAGACCUGAAACGCGAUUUUUUCUCCAGAAAUUGUCCUUUCUCCUUCAUAAAACAAUAUCGGAAAGAUCAACGCGAGAUUUUCGACGAAAAAUUGUUCCUUUUCCGUUCAGAAAACGCGUCACUGUGACGAAUUUUACAGACGAAUAUUUGUUCAAUAAAAAUAAUUUCUUGCUCUCUGAAUUUUAAUAAAAAGGAAUUUGACUACAAUGAAAUUCAUUUAUAUUUCCAAGACUUUUUGCGAUCUUAUCACAAGUUUGUUAAUUAAAACGACCUAAAAUAAUGUCUUAAACCUCGGAAUUUGCGAUAUUUUGGGCUGCAAACUGAUCUUUCUUGUAAGAUUGUAGUUUUCGUUGAGUCUUUCUUGUUGUUGAACUACCUUUGUCGUUGUAAAACAAACUUUAAAGUAUUAUUCACGUGGAGUGUUGUUGUUGAUGUCCAAAUCUGGUUAUUUUUGUUUUGGGGAUAUUGUUCUUGUUUUGCGUCUGGUUUGUUAUGAUUGAUAGUUUAAUAACGGGGAGUUGGUUCGCCUACUUAUUUGGGGGGAUGGCCUCUUACAGGAUAAGGUCGUGUUCGAACUUUGUCUUUUGUUAUCUUACAUUACUCACAUUUUUAAAAAUACUUAUCAGUCUUUGAUUUUAGGACAAUGAGCUUGAAUUUAUGAAACAAGGUGUAAAUUGUAACUUCGGGGCUAUUGUAAUCUAUUGUUAACUUUAGUUUUGUUUCAAAGUAGUUUAUAUUUUCAUAGAAAACUAAAGUGAUGUUUUCAGAACAGACUGCCACCGAGAUUCCAGCAUGAACCCAGUGGAAACCGGUGGCAUUGACUUCAUUGAACGAAGACUCACCGAACACACCAACAUACUUGAGUUGUCGGCUUUUAAAGAUAAUUCUACUGUGUACGAGCGAAGUAAACUCUCGAGGAACGAAGUAAGUUUGGUAUUAUUUUUAUUUUGUCACUCAAAGGUAUCAACUGCUGUCCAAACAAAACAUUUAUUUUAUCGUAUUACUGUAAAAUAUAAAUUUUACUAAACAACCACUUUUAAAAUCGCUCUCCCACUUUGUUUACGCUUUGUUUACUCGCCCUUUCUCUCAAAACUGACUUUGAUGUACUUAAUUUAGACUAAAGAAGACGAGAAGAAGUUUGCUUUGAACGAAUUCGAGAAAUGCAACCCCUUAGUGUCAUUUUCAGUGUACUUAACAUGGGUCAUUCUGAUGCUGAUGGCUCAUUUCCGAGAGUUUCUACGGAAGUAUAAUAUUGAAAAGAAUCUGGCAGCUGUAGAACGACCACAACAACGAGUAAGUCAACGCUUUGUCACGUAUUUUCCUCAAUUUUAGGUUAAGUUUCAACAUUAAUAUUAUGGGUCAGUAUCUGAAUCAACAUUUAUUUUAAGUUCAGCGCUCUUGGAGAGAUUAAAUUUGGGAACGAGUACCUAAAAAUAUAGUUUUUAAGUCAUUAAAACCAAAUGCCAAUUGUUCAUUUUUAUACUUUAGGACUUUGCGCCUUUGUACAGUUCAUUUGAAAGUGUCUACUCUCGAAACUGCUAUAACAGAGUGAGAGAUGUCUUCGAAAGACCAAUUUGUUCCGUUCCUGGAGCUAAGAUGACGUUAUUGGACCGAGUGACAAAAGACUAUGGAUGGACUUUUAGGUAGGACAAUCGGCUUUGAAUACUUUUUUUUCUACUUAUUUGUAAUCUUCUUAUUUUUUUAUUUUAUUGUUUACUUGUCUUGCAAGUUAUUUAUAACAAUUUCUUGUUUGAAAUGCAAUUUUGGUAUUAUGUAUUUGCAAAAAUAAAAUAUGUUGAUAACUCUUUUUUAAAUUGUCUGAAGAUCUUUAAAAUUUGAAUAUUUUAGCUUUACUGGAGGAAAGACAGAAGUCAUCAAUGUAGGAUCGUAUAAUUACCUUGGUUUUGCCGAAAACCACGGUAAAUGCUCGAAAGAAGCAUACGAAGCAUUGGAGGAGAACGGAGUGUCAGUGUGUUCUACUGUAGCCGAAUUCGGAAACCCAAAACUUCAGAGUAAGCUGGAAAGUCUUGUCGCUGAAUUCUUGGGUGUAGAAGACUCAAUUUGCUUCAGUAUGGGAUUUGCGACAAACUCUAUGAACGCUCCUUGUUUGGUUGAUAAGGUAAGCCAGUUUACCAAGUGGUGUAAUAACAAAAUGGACGUUUUAGAAUGACCUGAUCAUCAGUGAUCAGUACAACCACGCUUCUUUAGUACUUGGAUGUCGUUUAUCAGGAGCCGGCAUCAAGGUAUUCAAGCACAACGACGUCAAAAGUCUGGAGCGAACAAUCAGAGACGCUAUUGUAAAAGGAAAUCCGAAGACAAGGAAGCCCUACAACAAGAUUCUGAUCAUCGUUGAGGGAAUCUACUCAAUGGAAGGCUCCAUCUGUAACCUUCCAGCGAUCAUCGAGUUGAAGAAGAAGUACGGAUGUUACCUGUACUUGGACGAGGCUCACAGUAUUGGUGCUAUGGGUGCCAGUGGCCGAGGAGUCAUUGAAUAUUGGGGAUGUGACCCAAACGAAGUUGACGUGCUUAUGGGAACUUUUACUAAAAGUUUUGGAGCCGCCGGCGGAUACAUUGCUGGAAGCAAAGUAAAAUAUUGUUGUUUGCCAAGGAAAGUGUCAAAAGGUGUACCUAACGCCCAGACAUGUGAUAUAGCUCAAAAAAUUCUAUGAUCAUCCUGAUUAAGAAUCCGUUUUCAAAAGUUGCUAAAUUUUUGUCUCGACCGAGUUAUGGUCGUUUAAAGUUUGCACUGAUUCCCUGUUAAAUUCCCAAAAAGGGGAUGAAGAGAAACGAACGAAAAAGUGAACGUAACCGAGCGGCCGAAUGGAUAAAGCGUUAUCCUUCGGAAAUGCCGCCGCAGGUUCGAAUCUGGGUGCGUGCAAACUCUUUUGCAAUUUUAUUUUGCAUUUGAAAACUGUACCAAUUGUACUAUUAAUCAAGUAAAAUUGUUAUUUUUUAAGUAAAAUUGUAUUUUAUUGAAUAUUAUGUUAUUAUACUACAAAAAUAUUAAAACGCAAUCAAUAUGUCGUACUUAGACUACCUCACAAGGUAUAUUUUCCAAAGGUAGUAGACCCUUCGUGCGUACUUUUCCACAGAAAGUUGUUAAUAUUAAGGUAAUAUUAAAAAACUGAAGCCGGAGCUAAAAUUUAAAAAAAGGCAAAACCGGAGCUGGCGCCGGAGCUGGAAAUUUAAAAUUUGGGAACUCUGGUCAUAAUGUUAACGUUCACUUUUUUGUCUAGUUUCCCCUGAACUGGUAAAUGGGUUCAAGUUUUUUAAAAAACAAUUAAUCAACUAUAUUAUAACAUAAUAUUCAAUAAAAUACAAUUUUACUUAAAAAAUAACAAUUUUACUUGGUUAAUAGUACAAUUGGUACAGUUUUCAAAUGCAAAAUAAAAUUGCAAAAGAGUUUGCACGCACCCAGAUUCGAACCUGCGGCGGCAUUUCCGAAGGAUAACGCUUUAUCCAUUCGGCCGCUCGGUUACGUUCACUUUUUCGUUCGUUUCUCUUCAUCCCCUUUUUGGGAAUUUAACAUGGAAUCAGUGCAAACUUUAAACGACCAUAACUCGGUCGAGACAAAAAUUUAGCAACUUUUGAAAACGGAUUCUUAAUCAGGAUGAUCAUAGAAUUUUUUUGAGCUAUAUCACAUGUCUGGGCGUUAGGUACACCUUUUGACACUUUCCUUGUGAUACUUAACUUUUGUUUUUUUUAUUGUGUAAGCUUUUAUAUUGUUGUUUUUAGGGAUUGUAAUGUAAUGUACUUAUUGUUUCAGAAAAUAAUUGACUACUUGAGAAGGUCGUCGCCUACAGGAUAUUAUGCCACUCCAAUGUCGCCUCCUGUAGCCGCUCAAGUUUAUUCGUCGAUGAGCAUAAUCAUGGGCAGGGAUAACACUACUGAUGGUAUGUUCUUUUUAAUUGUGGUUGUUUUGUACAAUAAUUUGUUUAAAACUUUGUUGGAGUUCAAAUUCACGGUGAAUGCAUGAAGUUGUAUAACACUUAGACCAAGUUAAAAUAUCUUUAAAAUAUUUUUAAUUAAUAUCACAUUAUAGGCAGAGACCGUAUUGAAAGGCUUCACCGUAACGCCAAGUACUUCCGUCAUCACCUAAAGAAGAUGGGAUUCAUUGUAUACGGCUCGGAUGACAGUCCAGUAGUGCCCGUCAUGAUAUAUUACCCCACCAAAUGUGGCCUCUGGGGUCGAGAGAUGCUGAAGAGGAAGGUGGGCGUGGUGGUGGUUUCAUUCCCAGCUACAGAAAUGACAGAAUCGCGAUGCCGCUUCUGUGUUUCGGCCGCUCACAGCAAGGAGAUGCUGGAUCAGGUGUUGAAGGCUAUCGAUGAGGUUGGCACGUUGAGCAGGGCGAAGCACUCCUACAGGACGUCGUUGUACAAAAAUAUUAAUAUUGAGUGGUAG